UAACACAAGAUUGGCAGAAAAAUUGUCAGUUGGCUCAUUGCUCAAGAUGCUUUAAAUCCACACCCUUGAACUGUGAUUCAGCAAAUUCCCAGAGAACCCUGGUCUGAAACCCAGGUUCCUCCUUGUCCUGUCCUGCCGGGGGUGGAUUUCCCCUAGAGAAGCCAAUGAACAACAGCUCAUUUAUUUAUGUAUGUGGUGGGGAGGAAACUUGCUCCACCGUCUCCCCACCUCUUCCUGCAAAAUGUUAGCUCUCUUUUGCACCAAUCACUUCAGGUCGUGAAUGAAAAUGGAAUUGAGCGGCAGCGGGGCUGGAGUAUAGAAACUGCUGUUUUCAACAUCACUCCCUGGCUCUGCUCCACACCUCAUAAAUAAUACCUCUCACCUAAUUUUAGCUACAGAGAGAAGCAAAAGGAAUCUGCCUGUGUCUUUCUUCAGCAAUCCUAAGGUGCUCUGUCGGAGAGGCAGGACGGAGCACUCUGUCAUUAACUGACAUCAUCGAGGAAAUACGCUUGCUUUCUAUUUUUUUUUGGCUGCAUUUUUUUUGUUUGCCACAGUUGCAGCAGUAUCUUGAUGGGGAAGCUGAUCUCCAAAGGCUGGCAAAAAAGAGAUGCUCAAGUUGUCAUGCUGGGGCUCGACUUCGCUGGCAAAUCCACCCUUCUCUACAAACUGAAGAGUGGCCAGGCUGUGGAGACCUGCCCGACGGUGGGCUUCAACGUGGAGUCUCUGCAAACACCCUGUGGCAUGUCUUUCACCCUCUGGGAUGUUGGUGGACAAGACAGCCUGCGGGCAAGCUGGCCCGGCUACCUGGAGGACAUCAACACCCUCAUCUUUGUCAUAGACAGCACAGACAAGGCCAGGCUGUCCGAAGCGGUGGCAGCACUGGAGGAAGCCCUGAGCCACCCCAGCAUGGCUGGCAUCCCCGUCCUCCUCCUGGCCAACAAGCAGGAGGUGCCGGGAGCACUGGCUCCUGCUGAACUGGGGGAGAUGCUGCGGCGGGGGCGGCUGGCAGGGCACCGCUGGAUGCUCCGAGGGUGCAGCGCCCACACCGGCCAGGGCCUGCAAGAAGUCCUGGCCAUCCUGGGAGAGCUGCUGCGGGGCUCAGAGCCGAGCUCCCUAUCCCAAGAACAGCCCAUCGCAGGGCUGACGGAGAGGAGGGAAGCUCCAGAACAAACCUGAAACUCAAACAGACCCUACCCACUCAUCGCUGUUAGCGGCUUUGUCACAAAGGAUUUCAGCCUCCAGGCACCCUCUAAAAUGAGCUGUAGUUGGGACACACUGUGAAACACCCAGCUGCUCACCACUGAAACCCACCUGGAGAACCUCUGAGUAAAGCUCCCAUCAUGGACCAGGUUUGACCUCAUCUCUUGGACUCUCAUCACUGGCUGCAGCUUGUCCCUCUGUCACCGUGUUCUGCUCAUCCACCACACACUUGUGUCUGGAGCUUCAGCAGAGAUGCUUUUUGCCGGAGCAAUAUAAAUUAUAUAUAUAUAAAUUAUAACAGAGACGUGUACAAGGGACAGAAGAGGUU